AAGCCCUCAAAGGUGAAAUGCAAAUCAUCAGGUAUCCUCGUAAGAGAAACAGGCUAAUAGAUCUUCCAGAGGACUAUAGUGUGUUGCUCAACCAAGCUAGUCACUUCAAAUGCCCAAACUCAUCAGAUGACGAGCGAAAGCACCCGACCCUGUGUCUGCUGUGCGGGGUCAUGCUGUGUGCGCAGAGCCCCUGCUGUCAGCAGCAGCUGAACGGGGAGGAAGUGGGAGCGUGCACGGUUCACGCCACCAUCUGUGGGGCAGGAGUGGGAAUGUUUCUCAGGGUUCGAGAGUGUGAGAUCGUCUUGAUGGCCAGUAAGACACGGGGCAGUCCCUAUCCAGCACCUUACCUUGAUGACUAUGGAGAAACAGACCCUCAGCUUGGGCGUGGGAACCCGCUGCACUUGUGUCCAGAGCGCUACCGCAAGUUGCUUCAUAUGUGGCAGCAGCAUUGCAUCCUGGAGGAAAUCGCCCGCAGUCUGGAGCUCCUCAACGUCAUGUUCCCCUUUGAGUGGCAGAUGCUUUAAGCUCUGCGGCGGACAAAGGAAGUGCAUAACGCGAGAACCAAGAUACGCCGCGUUCGGUUAGCCUGCGCCCGACUGCAAGGAGUAAAAAACUCCCUCACUUCUCUACAUACUGCUGUCCGUGUUUUCCAGCAGCCAGUGCAUUAUGGGUAGUCACACUAAACAGGCCCAUAAUAGAUAUUAAAGAAGUGAAUGUGUUCUCUCGGCUCUUUAUUUAGCUUGGGUUGCAGAUCUACACUCACUUUAGCACUGAAGCUUUUUCUUUUUGCUCAUUGUGGUGUUUUUGCAUUUGUUUUCAAGGUGUAAAGAUUUAUUGAGGGGCUUGUGUCUCUUUUUUUGACUUAUGUGAAAUGCUAGUCCUCUCCCCCUGCUACAGCCUUUUUGCUCUUUCUUUCAUCUGUGUAAGAAAUGUAUUCCUGUGAAUAUAAUAUAUCUAUGUACUACUUUAUUAUGUAAAGCCACCGUCAACAUAAAAUCUAUAUUCAGUGUUUCUGAGUGAGAAGCUAUUUUGCAAAUUAUGUUCUCAGGUGAAUCUCACAAAAAUAUGUCCGGGUCACAUACUACGCCAA